UGCAUCAGGCCUGAAAUGGAGAAGUACAUCAAUGUCAAUCCUGAAAGUAAAAUACACAUGUGUGAUGCAAGUUUUCUUAACAGCUCCCAUGAGAGGCCUCCCACAUGUCUGUCAGGGUGCAGACAUAAAGGCACGGCGUUGCAGAUUUUCAUUUACUGUCACUUGCACUUGACAAACUGUUCUACACCUGCAGCCAUGACAAAUGGUAUGAUCAUAAACAACAUGUCCUUCAAAGUUGGACAAACUCUGACUGUUGUUGGAGUAGCUGAAGAAGAUGCAACAAGGUUUGCUGUGAAUAUUGGCCACAGUGAACAAUACCUCACACUGCACAUCAAUCCCCGUUUUUCUUAUGGUGGAGAUGCAAAUGUGGUUGUCUGCAACUCUAACCAGGGUGGCUCAUGGGGCCAGGAGUGCCGCGAAAGAAGCUUUCCCUUUCGUAAAGGAAAUCAGUUCAAGAUCAUCACCAUCUUCACCGCUACCGGGUUUUUGGUGAUUUUAUCUGAUGGAUCCAUGAUCCGCUUCCCAAACCGCCUGGGGUCACAAAAAUACUCGUUCUUCAGCUUCACGGGGGACGCUCGCAUCAAAAGUCUUGAGAUCAUGUAAACCUGAAUCAAGAUUAAGCUCAAGGUGCAAACUCUAAAUGUCAAUCAAUUAUGAUACGUAUUGCUUAUAAAUACCUAAAAUUAAAAUAAACAAUGUGUUGCACAGUUGCUUCAAGCCAUUUUAGCUUUACAUUUGAGAGUAACUGCGAUCAGUGUAAUUGGGUUUUCUUUGAGCUGCUUCACAUUCCCUCUAUUAAAAAAUUGACUUUGACAUAUUAGUUAUUGUAUUAUGCUUACUUGUGAAAUUAUCUCAAAGCAUACAAUAAAUUCAUCCUGAAAAUCUC